CGGCUGCCUGUCGCAAAGAUGAGGCCCAUGUUACUCGCCCUAGUGGCGUCACACUUGGCCGACGCCUCGAUCAUCCCCAGACGUAGUCGGCAUGACGUUGAUCCUUUCUGCCCCAAGCCGCUCGAGACGCGGCCCAUCAUCCAGUUCCCCAACGGCACAUGGGCCGAAAACAUCGCCGUACGCAGCAACGGCAACAUCCUCGUCACGUUGCUCAACGAGCCCGCCAUCUACGAGGUCGACCCGCGCCAGAAGCCCGUCGCCUCGAAGCUCGUGCACAAGUUCGAUGGGGUCAGCAGCCUCUUCGGCAUCGCCGAGGUCUCGGACGACGUCUUCGCAGUGGCCAUGGGCAACUUCUCGCUCCGGGAGAAGCCGAAAUCUGGGUCGUAUGCCGUGUGGAAGGUGGACCUGAAUAGGGCCGAAGCCUCCGUAUCCGAGGUCGCGAGGAUUGCCGAGGCGGAGCUGCUCAACGGUAUUACGGUGCUCGACAGGCACUCGCAGACCGUCCUGUGCGCAGACAGCGCUCUGGGCGUCGUGUUCCACAUCAAUAUCCGAACGGGGGCGUACCACAUCGCCAUCGAUGACGCAGCCUUCAAACCCCCCAGCACCGCUUUCUUCCCUCUGGGAGUCAACGGUGUGCGGUACGCACGGCCUUAUCUGUACUUUACCAACACCUUUGCGCAAGAGUUUGGUCGCGUUCCCGUCGACUGCGCCAACGGCAAGGCCACGGGCCCGGUCGAGGCGCUCAACGGCAAAGUCGGCUACGACCUGGAUGACUUUGCCCGUGACAGGCGGGGCAAUGCGUACAUCUCGGCCGGGUUUACCAGCGAUAUUGUCUGUGUCGGCAAAAACGGUACGGCUGUGUCUGUUGCGGGAGGCCCGAGCCAGAAGACUAUCCUGGGCCCGACAUCCAUGGUGUGGGGACGGACGAGGGCGGACAGGAGUGUUCUUUACGUUUCGACGUCGGGGGACAAGUCUUCAAACACUGGUCUCGGUGGUCAGGUUGUUGCACUGGUAAUGCCACGGUGAUUGGGACUUGCAUUUGCUGGAUUCGGUUAUACGAUAAGG